UUCACGCUGUUUACGUUUGAAAUUUCGUAGAACAUACAAAAUGUCUGUAGCGUUUGUACCCCCACAACAAAAGCAAAAAGGACCACCACCAAAUCAUGCGACAAUACAAAAGAUGCUGGAUGAAAAUAACCAGCUGAUCCAAACAAUAAUGGACUAUCAAAGCAAGGGAAAGGCACAGGAGUGCAUGCAGUAUCAACAAUUACUACACAGAAAUUUGGUGUACCUGGCCACAGUUGCUGACGCCAAUCAGAAUGUACAUGCUUUAUUACCAGCCCCAGGACAAGGUGCUCAAGGCCAGGGUGGGAUGCCAGCACAGCAGAUGAAUCAGAUGCGGCCCACUGGGAACAUGCCAAGUCAGAUGCCUCCAGCCAGUGCACCACAACUGGUCAAAGAUCAUGGUGGACCUAUGCAGCAGGGAGGUGGUGGAAUGGGCUCCGGCCCUGGGCCCAACCCGAACAUGAAUCCAGCCACUAGUCAAGUUGGAUACAGUCAGCCGCAGUCUGGCUUUCCUCGACCCAUGGGACAGCAGACACCACAGAGUCAGCCAAGUCAAGUUAUGAAUCAGCCAGGGAACAUCAGCAGUCAGGCGUACAGCGUCUCCCAGCAGCCGCAACCUGGUUACCCGGGCACUCAGUCGAUGAUGUCACAGCAACAGUCGAUGAUGUCACAGACAUCUACCAGUCAGAUGAUGCCUGGUCAGGGAUCGGGACCACGACAGAUGCCACCAUCAUAUCGCAGGCCACCUCAGUCAGAUCAGCAGCCGUACAGUCAGCAACAGCAGCCUUACCCACAACAGCAGCAGCAGCAGUUUCCUGGACACGCGUACUCUCAAUCCCAAAAUCCACAAGUCUUUGCACAGCAACAGCAGCCUGGCUUUUCCCAGGCUCAGAACAUGCCUCCAGGCCAGUACAGCAACUACCAGGGUCAGCCCCAGAGAUAUGGCUCAUUCAACCGGCCACAGGGUGCGAUGACCCAGGGAGGAUCCAUGCCUCCGGGUCCCCCCGGGGGAGGCAUGCAAAGUGGAGCCAUGGCUGGUCCGAUGCCAGCCCAGAUGCAGGGUCAGAUGGGAAGUCCCAUGCCGACAUCUCCACCAGGAGUUGGUGGACAGAUGUCCACCCAAGUCCAGGGCUCAAUGAGCGGGCAGAUGGCAAAUCCCGCCCAGUCUGGCAUGGGUGGACAGAUGUCGAAUCCGGGACAAGGGGGGAUGGGGGGACAGAUGUCUAGUCCUGGACAUGGGGGGAUGGGUGGACAGAUGUCAAACCCAUCGGGCCAAGGUGGGAUAGGUGGACAGAUGUCUAGUCCCAGUCAAGGUGCAAUGGCCAGUCAGUCUCAGGCGAUGGGUGGACAGAUGAUGUCGUCUGGACAGGGCAUGAGUGGACAGAUUCAGCACAUGCCGUCCGGUCAGAUGGGUGGGGCAAUGGGUCAGCCGAGUCCAAUGCCAGGUCAGAUGGGAAAUCCGAUACAAGGUCAAGGUCAGACUGGUUAUGUCUAUAACCAAGGACAGUUUUGAAGAUGAAAUAUAUUAGAAUCUCAAAUGGAAGCAACUUACAUUGACUGACUUAAUUUCUUUGUACAGUAAACUCCUCAGAACUGAAUAAUAUGUCUCUUUUUUUUUUUUAUGUGUAAGCCAUUAUGCAGGUAUUCAGUUUACGAAAAGUAAUUGUUAUAAAAUUUGAUUAGACAAGAGCAUGUUAUAAAGAACAUUAUUGUUUUAAUACGGACAGUUCAGUUUUGAGGUUUUUCGCUUUAGGAUUAGCUAUCUGCCUAAAUGACUACAUUAAGUACUUGACGUGUAUUUUGUACAUAUGUUUCUUAUUUUUUAAAAUAGAAAUCUCACUUCAGCACUGAACAGAGCACCAUAACACCAUGACAAUCAUCUCACAAAUCUAUGGUAUUAUGAGAUAAAAAGAAAAUUGGAUCUUUUCUAAACUAUUUAUUAAAAUCAACAUUUAUUCGUCCAGUUGAAAUGGCUGCCAAAUGGGAUUGUGUGUUUCUACAAAUCCCAGGUUGUGGGUUAGAAGUGUAAUAUAAUGAAAUGGAGUCUGAAAAUAUCUAUAUUAAAUCAUGUUUAUCAUUCCAGCAGAAUCCUUAAAAAAAAAAAAAAUGUCAAGAAAUUUAAUGCCUGGAACCUGCCAUUCUGUAUGCAGUGACAGAAACACAUUGAAUGUUGUACAGAUUUGUAAUCAAAUGAUCACUUGAGUUUUGAAUCGAGUGCAGCACCUGUUUUAAUGUGCUGUGAUUGUCAUACCUGUGACACUCAAUUCAAUAUUGAUAACAUAUGCUACAUAUACAGUGAAAGAUACCAAUGGGUGUACCACAUUACAGAUGGAAUCCCAAGAAUACUUUAAUUAUAUUAUAAAAAGUCGCUGAACCUACCAGUAGCUUUUAGGAAGUUUAAAACAUUUUUGGCUAUUACAACUUUUUUAAUUGUUUGUUAAAUUGCACGUUUCUUAAAAUGUUUUGCUUAAUUUUGACAAUUCAAUUUUUGGUAGCUCAAAAUUACUUUUUUUGCAAAACAAAAACGGGUACAUACAAUAAAUUUCAUUUGUUCAUUUGGUUCUGAUGUUUGAUUUAGGUUUUAUUCGAAGUUUUCCUAGUCUUUUAUCUGCUACUGGGCAUUAUUAUUGAUUCCAACAGGUAAAAUAAUUUCACUUGUGGUUUUGCCUUACUAUUUAACCUUGAUCAAUAGUUUAGCCAAAUUAUAUUGUACAGGGCACAAGGACUAGUAAUCUUGCACAACUGGAAUUCUGGUUACAUGGUUUGGUUUUUAUGGAAACGCCUGUAAUUAUUCACAGAGUUAAAUGAAUUACAUGUGUGUAAUUGAUUGAGUUUGAUAACUUGAUACCUUUGGUAACUGAGUUGCCAUUCCUAUGAUUUAGAAAAAGAGUAUAACUGUUGAGCAAACUGUUAAUAAUUGUGCAUGUGAAAUUUUGUUCCAUGUUGUGUUGAAAUGGCACACACACACUUUAACACCCGAAAUUCUUAAUAAAUGAGCCCACUGGCACCACCAGAUAGAGUGAUCGGUUAACUUCACUGUCCAUGAACUGAGGUUUCAUUUUAUUUCAACUCAUUGUCAUGCUUGUAUCCAGUUAAGGCUCAAGCAUGUUGUCCUGGGCACACACCUCGACUAUCUGAGCUGUCUGUCCAGGACAGUCGGUUAGUGGUUAGUGAGAGAGAAGAGGGUGUAGUGGUCUUACACCUAUCCAUUGAGUCGUUAAAACU